AUGGCAUGGACCGGAGACGAAGAGCGUCCCUUGCUCUCACGAUCCACCUCGCCAACGGAAAGAGCGAAGACGGUGUCUGGAAGCAGGACGGGAGAGGGCGUGACGCGCUCUGUCGAAGACGAUGUGCUACCGGAAACCUCGAUCCUAGGGCGAACGCUCAACUGGCCGAGCGCGUAUAUUCUCGUCAUCUCGCGUGUCAUCGGCAGCGGCAUUUUUGCGACACCUGGAGUGAUCGUGAAAUCUGUCGGCAGCGUCGGGCUUAGCCUCACCCUCUGGGUCAUCGGAGCCGUCAUUGCAGCUUGUGGUCUGGCGAUCUCCUUGGAAUACGGGUGUAUUCUCCCUCGGUCCGGCGGCGACAAGGUCUAUCUAGAGUUCACGUACCGCAAACCGCGCUUUCUCGCAUCGACUUUGGUAGCCGUUCAGGCGGUGCUCCUCGGAUUCACGGCCAGUAACUGCAUCGUCUUUGCGCAGUAUACGCUGUUUGCGUUCAACGUGGAAGGAACCGAUUUUUCGCGCAAGUCGCUAGCGGUCGGUCUGCUCACAGCGAUUACUAUUGUGCAUGGCUGCUUCCUUAAGACCGGAAUUGCUGUCCAGAACUUCCUUGGAUGGCUCAAGGUUGGGCUCGUGGUCUUCAUGGUCUUUGCCGGGCUCUUCGUGGUCAUGUUCAGACCGGCGGACUCAGGGCAAAGUCACUUUCCAGGGGGAGCAGAUCUUUGGAGGGAUACGGAGUGGAGCUGGGGCGUCAUCUCUACUGCUCUCUUCAAAGUCUUCUAUUCCUAUGCCGGCCUAAGCAACGUCAACAACGUCCUCAAUGAGGUCAAGGAUCCGGUUCGAACACUGAAGUCGGUAUCAAUAACGGCGCUGCUCACUGCAUGCGUUCUGUAUCUUCUAGUCAACGUCGCAUACUUUAUCGUAGUUCCCCUUGAUGAGAUCAAGGGGAGCCGGGAGCUAGUUGCGGCCCUCUUCUUCGAACGCUGUUUCGGACCGGGGCUAGGCAAGAUGAUACUGUCGUUGGCGGUGGCGCUAUCGGGCGCUGGAAACGUUAUGGUGGUUACCUUCGCUCUGGCUCGGUUAAACCAGGAAAUUGCUCGUCAAGGCUUUCUUCCCUGGUCGGAGAUUCUCGCUUCUUCGCGACCAUUUGGUGCGCCUAUGGGCGGUCUGAUAGUGCAUUACAUUCCCUCACUCCUAGUCAUCGUCGUGCCGCCAUCCAGCGAAGUCUACUCCUUUAUUCUGGAGGUCGAGGGCUACCCUGGCCAACUGUUCGCUCUGGCAAUCUCGAUCGGUGUGCUAUGGUUACGAUACAAGCGGCCAGACUUGAAGCGACCAUUCAAGGCUUGGAUCGGAGCAGUGGUCUUCAGAAUCGCGCUCAGCAUAGCUCUAUUGGCUGCACCGUUCUUUCCUCCCAAGCAUAGAACAGGAGGAAUUUGGUACGCUACGUAUGCCGUAGUAGGGAUCAGCAUUAUCAUAUUUGGCAUCAUUUAUUGGUACGUCUGGAUCAAACUCAUACCAAAGUGGAGGGGGUACCGUCUUGAAGAGGAUACCAGUGUGCUCGAUGAUGAGACCUACGACCGCCCCUUCGAAGCGCACCCCGUCACCGUCCGCGACGUCGCGGGCCGCGAGGCCGAGUACUCGCUCGACGGCAACGGCUUCCAGUUCCACAAGCACACGAGCACCGAGAAGGAGUUUGUCGAUGACGAGAAGAUAAAGGCGGAGUACUAUCCUGAGACGGAGCAGCUGCUUAAGGAUGUCACCGGCGCCUCCCGCAUCUUCAUCUUCGACCACACGAUCCGGCGCCCGCCGCCGAGCGCAGAAACCACGGACCACCGUCUGCGUCUGCGCGGCCCCGUCCAGCGCGUCCACAUCGACCAGUCGUACAGCGCGGCGCUGUCGCGCGUGCCGCACCACCUGCCCGCCGAAGCGGCGGAGCUGCUCAAAGGCCGCGUGCAGAUCAUCAACGUGUGGCGCCCGAUCAAGCCGGUGCAGCGGGACCCGCUGGCGGUGGCGGACGCGCACAGCGUGAGCGAUGGCGAUUUGGUGGUGACGGAGCUGAUUUAUCCGAAUCGGAGGGGGGAGACGUAUGCGGUAAGGUACGGGGCUGGGCAUCGGUGGUUUUAUAAAUCUGGGCUUGCGCCUGAUGAAGUGAUUCUUAUUAAGUGCUUCGAUUCGAAGCUGGAUGGGAGGGCGAGGAGGGUCCCGCAUACGGCGUUUCAUGUGCCGGGGACGGAGGAUAGGGAGGGGAGGGAGAGUAUUGAGGUGAGGGCUUUGGUGUUCCAUGAGGAUGAUAGUUUGGAGUGA